AUGAGAUCACCUUGGAUAUCAUUCCUGGCUUUAGGCGUGGCUUGCAGGACAAGCCAAGCGACUCCGACAACCACAGCCGGUUUCAAACUCCAGCCUUUUCAAAUUGAUCUUUCAUCAAAUCUCCCCCGAAUGCUGGACUUGGUUCGCACAACAAGACUUCCUGCGCAAUCACCAUACAUUAGUACUGGAUCUUCCGCAGGUAUAAGCCUCGGUGACCUGAAAGCCCUACAAGAUGAAUGGUUGACUACGUUCGACUGGAAGAAGGAGGAGAAGUCUCUGAACAAGUUCAAUCACUACACAGCUCAAAUUGAAGGGUUGGAUAUUCACUUCAUCCACGAAAGGUCGAGCUCAAAAGACGCUAUCCCACUAAUCUUACUUCAUGGGUGGCCCGGGUCUUUCUUGGAAUUUGCCCCCAUCAUCAAUGAGCUCACGAAGACGGCAAAGAGUGACUCGGGGAAACAGAUUGCUUUCGAUGUUAUUGUCCCUUCGCUGCCAGGAUUUGCCUUUUCUUCUGCUCCGCCCACCAACUGGACAAUUGAUGACUCUGCCCGAGUGUUCAAUACGCUUCUAAAAGACGUCCUAGGAUAUGAAAGCUACGCUGUCUUUGGUACUGACUGGGGCAGUGGGGUCGCAUACUCGAUGUAUGAUCAAUUCAACACGACGGUCCGCGCGGCUCAUUUGGCUUUCCUUCCCUUUUACCCGCUGAACUUGGAACAACUAGCCGCUGAAAACAUCACAUUGUCUUCUUUAGAAGGGGUUGAGGAAGCGAACACGAUAGAAUGGACCAAUUCAGGCACUGGGUAUUUUUCGGAACAAACUACAAAGCCCAAUACUAUUGGACUGGCUUUAUAUGAUAGUCCAGUAGGACAACUUGCAUGGAUUGGGGAGAAAUUCUUGAAUUGGUCCGAUCCAAAUGCUGGACAUGGCCCCUCUUUAUUGAGUCACAAUGAGAUUCUUCGCAGCGUAUCUCUUUAUUUCCUCACAGAAACCUUUGCCUCAUCCGUGGUGAUAUAUGCACAGAAUCCGCAUGGCUUCCGCUCUGUAUACUCAAAAGCAAAUAACGAUGCACCAUUGCUUUUCAGCGCAUUCAAGUAUAAUCCAGGAUUUUGGCCGCCAGCAUUAGUUGCAAAGGUCGGGAAUCUUGUCUACUACAAAAAUCAUGAGUUCGGUGGCCACUUCCCCGGCGUUGACAAUCCCGAUGCUUUGUUAGCAGAUCUGCGGCAGAUUGGAGAAUUCUGGGAAGUCUUGCCCUAG